AUGGAUAAAUCUGAUAGCAGCCCUUUAUCAAAGCUCGAACAUUUCAGUCAGUUCACUGCCUCAAUGCUAUCUCCAUCGGGGAGCGAUAAAACAGGCGGCCCAGGUCAACCACUACACGGCCGCUUCAGCUCCGAAAUGCUGGCACUAGAGAGAAGCGCUUUGUCUCAGUCUAAGGUAAUCAACUCGAAAUUCCCUGAGCAGGCAACAGAGUCCCGCUUCGGCGCUUUCACAGGCAUCUCUUUCGAUGGACAAGGCUCUCCGUCCGCCGCUCACUCAUCCAGUCCUGCAGACUCGUUUAUUUCAGCAAUGCCAAUCAAACCGGGGCGCUCCCCCAACUGGUCGGACGCAGAAACGCGGUUUCUUAUCACGUUCUGGGCGGAGGAGUACCAGAACAUCAGUCAGCAGAGGAACGCAAAGGCCUGGGACGUGGUGGCGCGGUUGCUGAAUCAGAAACUUGCUCAGUGCGGCUUUGAAACAUUUCGCUCGGGUCAGCAGUGCAAAGGACGAAUGAAAAGUGUCGUUUUCGAUUAUAAAACCACUAAAAAGCGCAUCGACUCUGGCGAGGAUGAUAGAACUUGCGAAUAUUUUCACGAGAUCGACGAGGUGCUGGGGAAGACGUUUGGUAACAACGGCAUAGAUGGUAUCGAGUCCAGUUCAGCGGUAACUCAAGAGGACGAGAGAAAGUCGAGUACAAAUGGAGAAAAUGAAGAAAACAACGAUUGCGAAGACAUUGUAGUGGUUAACAUCCCAACAAGUGGUUCACUAAGCGUGGAAACGACUACUGGAUUAACUGGUGUCAGCGAAGCCAGCCGGUCACUGCCUGAACAAAGAGAGCUGUUAAUGAGGCGUGAACCACCUAAGAAAAAAAGUAAGAGAAAGGCUUCAACAGAAGAGGACGAAGACGCGUCCAUGCUGCGUUUCCUUAAAAACUACAUGGAGGAAAGCGACAAGCGAGAUCGGGAAUUUUUAUUGCAAAUGGCAAGAAUAGACCAUGAAAGGGAGGACAGAAAUUUUGAACGAACAAUGAAAAUGAUGAUGGAAAUAGCAAAAGUGUUUAAAAGUAGUGUUGCUAAUACACCCGAUAACCACAAGGGAACUGGUAUGAGUUCUGUCCCUCACCAUCAUAGUGGGGAUGCACGGUUUGCCUCUGAACAUGGAAUGGGUUCUCCUCGCGCAGGAGAUACUCGAGAGACGCCAUUGAACAGAGAGAGCAGAAAAAGGGUCAACGAUAGCUCGGCUCAAGACGACAACGGUAAACCACUUCAGUUUCUCAGAGAUUAUAUGGAAGAAAGUGAUAGAAAAGAUAGAGAGUUCUUACUGCAGAUGACCAGACUGGAUCACGAAAGGGAAGAGAGAAGCUCGGAACAGACUAUGAGGCUGAUGUUGGAAGUCGCAAAAGUGUUCAGAAGCGGAAAUUGAUAGCACCGUUUAGCACCGUUCCUGGUAUAUUGACUAUUUGUAGCGUCAGAGAGUUAUCGUUCAUUUUUUGAUGUACCAACUUGAGGUGCUCUCUUUCUUUCGUGUUACAAAAACUUUGAUCUUUAAGGGUUAUGUUAGAAGUCAGUUCUGUCUCGUUUGUGCGAGAAGGAAAGCUAGUUGUGACACGUGUUGUGGCAAGUCGUGGAUUUUAAUUUGUUUGCCUUUCACAAUAAAGUUUACAGAAGUGCGCAACGGAAACCGUGAGAUUCUCCAGACCACUCCAUCGAUUUUUUAUGUCUGUUCCGGCUAUCGAACUAAUUUUACUGAUAAAUAAUUAAAGAAUUUAAAUUGUAAU